AUGGUUUGUACUGUUUGUCAAGAUAUGCUGCAAUCGCAGGUCGGCCGAGUCUGGAAAGGGACCUACGACUUAAGAUACAGCCUUCCCACCAGUAUCGAUAGUCUGCAAGAGCAGUCCCUUGGGCAGGCUUGUAACAUCUGCCGUGCCUUGUGUGAAGGACUGCAGCAACAAAAGCUUGUCAAAUCGAGUAAAGUCUCGCGCCGUCAAGACUCUUUCUCCGAGACGUCCCAACAAAUUCUCUCCGAGACAGUUACUGAGCCCAGUCUAGAGAUCGCAGCCUCGCUCUCUGUUCAAAAUGUGGAUUUCGUUAAAAACGAACAUCUCUACCGCCUUGAUGUUGUGCUGCAGGAACGGAAGCAGAAGCAGCACCUGAGUGAGGAGCAGAAACGAAAGCAGAAGCAGCACUUGGGCCGGGAACAGGAAAGAGCUCAGCAACAGAUCCGCGUGCAGCGUACCUUCCUACUCGAGAAUCCAAAAGCCAAAGAUUCUGCACUCCACCCACGCACCUCGCCUAGCACGUCCUCGAAGGAAGUCUUCGACACCGCUGUAAACUGGAUGAACAAAUGCAAAUGCGCCGCGGAUCAGCCGCAGAGCUUUUAUCCUGCUCGUCUUCUCAGUCUAGAGGACCUGAAAAUCGAUACUGACAAUAACUGGGAGACUAUCAGGGAGCCUUCCGGUGGUCCUGUCUGGGAAUCGCUCAAAGAACGGCCCGAUUUCCACGUCAAACUUGUUGAGACACAGUCAUGGUUCUACGGGGAGGGAGAAAAGAUAGGGCCAGGCUUUAGGGGUGGCAACACAAGAUAUGUCACCCUCUCCCACUGUUGGGGCCGUGCGGUCAAGCCCCAGCAUCAGUUGACGUCGGAGACUGAGCAGGGUCUUCGACAAGGAAUACCAAUAAGUCGUUUACCCAAGACGUUUCGCGACGCGAUCUACUUUGCAGCCCAGAUCGAAGAUGUUGGCUAUAUCUGGAUCGACUCCCUGUGCAUCAGACAAGGGGACAAAGAAGACUGGCUGCACCAGUCCGGAGAUAUGGAUCGAGUAUAUCGAGGCACCUAUCUCAACUUGUCUGCCACAGCCUCUUCAGACAGCGAAGGAGGGCUCUUCAAGUACCGAGAUCCCUCAUUGCUGAAAGAGGAAGAGGUUGAGCUGAACAUCGAAGGCGUCCCAGGUGCACACGCGGAAACGAGCUUCAUCUCACACUCCCAGGAUAAAUCCUCAAGACAGAGAGGAAAGGAUGCAAAGCAGAAUUACAUGCGCCCAUGUACUGUCCUUGAUGCAUCUUUCUGGACCGAUCGAGUCGACAAAGGACCCGUGAAUACGCGAGGAUGGGUACUUCAGGAAAGAGUACUAUCCCCGAGAGUAUUACACUUCUGCCGUGAUCAGAUAGCCUGGGAAUGCAGAGGUUCGAAAGGCUGUGCAGGAUUCGACUUUACCGAAGGACAACCGCAUGGAAUGUCCAACUUCAAGCUUACCAAUCGAGGCAUCGUUGAGGUUCCUAGACUCAAAGCUCUCAACAUCGACAACUAUCCCGUUAACGCAGAUCAUGCGCAGCCACAAGCCGGAGAUUCUGAUAAUGUUGUGCGGCUUACUGACCCUGCUCUCAAGGACUGGGCCCGUAUCAUAGAAACAUACUCCAAGACAUCAAUCACCAAGCUUGAGGACAGGCUCAUAGCAUUAUCUGGAAUGGCCAAGAUGAUGGCAGAGAAGAGUAUGGACCAGUACGUAGCUGGUCUGUGGCGCACAAAUCUGGCGAGCCAGCUUCUGUGGCGUGUCGAGCCUCACUUCGACUACUUGAGCAAGGACUUUUCGAACCCAGCGAAGUCACCCGAUGGUUACCGUGCACCUUCGUUUUCUUGGGCUGCCAUUGAAGUUGAUGGUCAUGGCGUCAUGUAUACCGACAGGACGUAUCGUCGACUUUUCAUCACGAUAGACGAUGUGAAAGUUGAGCCACAUGACAAGAACAACAAGUUUGGCCUUGUUGAUGAGGCAAAGAUCAGACUCUAUUGCAAACUGCGCGAAGCCAAGAUCAGGUCUGUGGGGACUAAUGGUCGCUACGAAUGGCAGUUGGUCGGUCGCGGUCGCGACAAGGCACUGAACAGGGAGCUGCACACGAACAUUUACCUGGACUGCCCUUUGCGUGACAAAGACUGUAUCUCGACCUCUGGCAAGACAGUCUAUGUAGUGCCUGCCGCUAUUGAUCAGACCGGCGACAUGAUCUGUCUUAUCUUGCGGCUGCAGGACAAAGAGACCGGAGUAUUCACAAGAAUGGGCAUCACGAAGCUGAGUCCGUUUUGGGACAAGUUGGCCAUGGAUGAGACCGAAGAUACACGGCAUAGAAUUCUGGAGGUUUACCCUGGUGAUAUCGAUUUGCCACAUGAUGGUGUAUAUGAUGAAGACGAAGGGAGACACAGGAUAUGUCUUAUUUGA